GCAGUCUGGACCCCACGUGCGGGCCGGAAGAGGCGCGUGUUUUCUGGUUCCUGCCCCCGCUGAGAGAUUAUCUACCUGGCGUCCCUUGCCCCAAGCAGUGGACUGACUGGGAUGAUACCUGGGGAAGCUCCUGAGUCUGCCCAGUGCUUAUGCUCUACCCUUGCCAGCUUGAAUGCUAAGGAUGUGCUUCGGAAACGGCAUAAGAGGGGGAGCCGACAGCACCAGCGGUUCAUGGCCCGGAAGGCCUUGCUGCAGGAGCAGGGGCUGCUGAGCAUGCCCCCAGAGCCAGGGGCCUCCCCACUGCCCACCUCGUCGGGGGUCGCUGCCAGCAGCAGAAAGCAGCAUCCAAGGCCUGCGUCUGGCAGCCCCCAGUGCAGCAGAAGUCCUGCCCCCAGGGAAGCCUCAGGGCCCUUGCCCAGCAAGUACGUGGCUAUUGACUGUGAGAUGGUGGGCACAGGCCCCCGAGGGCGGGUGAGCGAGCUGGCCCGCUGCUCCGUGGUGAGUUACCACGGUGAUGUCCUCUAUGACAAGUACAUCCGGCCUGAGAUGCCCAUCGUUGACUACCGCACUCGCUGGAGUGGCAUCACUCGGCAGCACAUGCGCAAGGCCAUCCCCUUCCAGGUGGCCCAGAAAGAGAUCCUUAAGCUUCUGAAGGGCAAGGUGGUGGUGGGGCACGCCCUGCACAAUGACUUCCAGGCCCUCAAGUACGUCCACCCUCGGAGCCAAACCCGGGAUACCACCUACGUCCCAAACCUCCUCAGCCCACCCGGUCCCCACACCCGAGCCCGGGUCUCUCUGAAGGACCUGGCCCUGCAGCUACUGCACAAGAAGAUCCAGGUGGGCCAGCACGGGCACUCAUCUGUGGAAGAUGCCACGACAGCCAUGGAGCUCUACCGGCUGGUGGAAGUGCAGUGGGAACAGCAGGAGGCCAGCCGUCCUUGGGGCCACCCAGAGGACAGAGAGCUUGACAGCAGCACAGACAUGGAGCAGUACAUGGAGGACCAGUACUGGCCUGAGGACCUGGCCCAGGGGAGCAGUGGAGGAGGGAGGCAGAUGCAAGACCAGGACGGAAAGGAGUGAGAGGACAGGGAGCUCUCAGGUUGUCCUUCCCAGUGUGUGUGUGGAGUGGAUACUGGCAGGAGAGCCCUGGGUGCUUCAUCCUGGACAGGGCAGGAUACAGCCAGCCGGCCCCAGGGCCAGAGGCGUUAGGAUCUUCUGUUGGUUAUGUCUCCUGACACCUGUGGUUUUGCUAAUAGCACUUUGUAAGUUCCAUGGAGAAGUCAGGUAGACAUCUCCUAGGACCCACCCCCAACCCAAAUCAGCUGAGUCAUAUGCUGUGCUAUCUGAAAGGAUAAUUCCCCCGCCUUGGGUGUUGGGUGGAGGUGUCAGUACCCUGGAGCUCCCUUAACUCAGUGACUUGGAGUAAAGUUCUGUCCAUGAUGUGCCACCUACCUCUUUGUCCAGAGUCAUGUUCAGGUUCUGAAUAAAUGUGCCCUGAAGUUAAUGUUAAGGCCUCUAAAGGAGAUAGUUCAUACUCCUUAAACUCUGGCUACAGCCAUUGUGGGAACUUAGUGUUCUGCUUGGCCUUUCACCUCUUGCUAGGCUGUGAUGGAAUAACAGAGGCCAUGGACCCCAGUAGGGACCUGGCCCCUUCAUGUACUUGAUAUCAGAAGUCAGGAAAGAUGGAAAGCAAAUAAGCUUUGGGUAAGAAAGCUUAUAUUUGUUUGGACCUAAAUCAGGGGAUGUCCCCUGUUCACCCAGCACUACACUCUGUUAACCAAAAGCCUGGGAAACAAGACAGUGGCUUGAAUUCUGUGACCCCUGUGCUGGAAUGGGCCUGACUUUUAUUUAUUUAUUAAGAAUAGGGCUGCUGAUCUCUAAGGGGGGUAGCCUCCAUGUGUCCCCUGGGAAUGGGGCCGGGUGUUGUCAGCUGUGCUGGGUCCCUGAGCCUCGUGUGCUGCCCUCUCAGCUCUUUGAUGAUCACUACAGCUGUUGGGUUUUCUUCUAAUUUCUGAAAAUGUUCUCUUUCCUUGUUUCUUGAGGGGUAAUUUUGAGGUACUGGGGGAACCAAGAGCUCAGGUUACACAGACCUUUGACUUCCUUCUUUGCUUGCCACUUAGCUUGAGACCUCAGGCAAGCAUGCGGCUUUGCCCUGUGCAGUGCUGAGUGCUCAGCACCGUGCUGUGCACAUGAGGGCCACAGCCAGCAUGGCUGCUAUUGGUGCUCCAGGGACUAGUUUUGGCCUCUUCAGGAUAACACCUGAACACUGCUAGGGCCCUCAGGUUGAGCAGCCAUGGCCCUGGCAGAACUGUGCUUGCCUGGCUGUUCAGUAGGUGGGUUGUAGACUGGGGUGAGGACACAGCAGGGAGGUUCAGGGUUAUCCCUGUGUCUUGUCUGUUGUAGGAGGUGACAAUAAGUAGAGCAGGAUAAUGAGGACACUGCUGGGAUCACACUGCCCCACCCUUCAGGCAAAGUUACCACUCUGUGCAGACUACAGUCCUUGGCUCCCACACUGUGGGCACACUGAGGAGCUGGCUGAGUCAAUCGCCACUUCUAGCCUGGCUCUAAGACUUUGUUCUGUGUUCCUUAAAAGUCUGUAGUGACGCCAAACUCAAAGCUGGGUCAGAGGGUUGAAGGAAGAUGAAGCUGUUCCCUGUGGGGAGAUGUGCUGUUUAAAGUUAGCCUGGUAGUAACACCGUUUGCUCUGGAAUAAAAUUCGAUUAGAAAAGUGA